UUGUGCCUGCUAACAUCUUUAGUUACCAUAUCACUAUGCUUCUUGAUGACAAAUCAUGCCCUAUUUUAUCGUAGCUGCGAUCAGAAGGGCUAACUCAAUCAACAAGCCCAAAAAACAUUUCUACAACACUCCACAAAAUAUGUUGAGACAACUCCAAAAAUAAGUCAAAAUAAGGGUUCUCCAUCCCCUCCCCCUGUAUCAAUGUUGCCUUACUGGCAUCUACUACCCUCAACCUUGGAUUGGGGGAGGGGAGACAAAAAUUUGCAAAAAAAAUCAGUUUGUCUCAUAAUUGUUGUUGCGGAUUGUUGCUUACUUGCAUGACCCAAGCGCUCCUUUAUGUGUAAUCUAACACUGGAAAACAACAAUACUUAAUUUUUCAUUUCAAAUGCACUUACAAAUAAUGAAAGAAAACUUAAAGCAUGGUAUAAAUAUUUUUGAUGAUACUUCCACGCAAAAACAAACCAAAAAAACAUACACGUACAUCAAAAUGCAAAUAUGAAAAUAAGUUAACGUAAUGCUUUUUAAUUAGGGAAUCAUUGAUGCACCUUUUUUACUGUUUUGUUUGUUUUUAUUGUUGCUGCUACUCUUUGUUUGUUGUUGUUGUUAUUGUUGUAGUUUUUCUUUUGUUUUGUUUCCUUUAAUUAACAUCAUAAUUUUUGAGCUAUUUUUCUUUUUUUUUUCCAUCGAUUUUUUUUUUUUAAUUCGACGCGAAAAUUGCAGAAACAAAGAAAAUGAUGUCAUUACAAAGGAAUUUAACUUAUUCCCGAGAAAAUCCCUUUUCAAAGGCAAUAUUGACCGAAUAAUUAACAGUGUUCCUUGAUUUCUCGAAUUUUACCACGCAGGAUAAAAUUAAAUAUUCUCAAGAUUAAAUUUCACGAGAGACUUUUUUUCAUCGUCUAUGUUAGAUGUGAAGUUCCUUUCCGGUCAUUGUUUUGUAACCCGACACAUACUAGCUAUUUGAAACAUUCUAUUCAAACUUAACUGGUUAAAGUAAAAUGUUUACUUUGCUUUAGUGCCUGUCAAUCAUUAUUGUAUAUGCUCUUAAUCGUAUUGUUCUGUUUUAUUUUUAAAAAUUACACUAAGUUAGCCUGUAAGCCUUAACAAGGCGAUAUCAUUUAUAGAAAGGUGUCUUUGUGGUUAACAAUUAACCAGGAAGGUAUAAAUGCGGCGACAGACAUUGUGUGGAGAUAAAAAAAAUAUUUGAGAAGAAGAAAGUGGUGCCUAAGAACUGCACGAUCUUGUGACUAAUUAUUUCUUUUGUAUUUGACUUCAUAUUGAAACAAAGCCGACAUGUCAUUGAAAAGCAGAGCUUUACUUUUUUUGAUUUUUCAAAAAGUUUGCAUGAGAUAUUUUGGUGAGAGUUUACCAACAACCUGUGAUGGGAAAUGCGGACAGAAAUUUAUAAACGACACUUUAAUUCACCAACAAAGAAUUGAAAUGAUAAAACAAGAGAUUCUAGACAAACUAGGGCUGCAAGCCCCACCAGAAAAAAGGGGCAGUUUAAAUGAUAUACCAAAAGCGUUAUUAGAUGGAUUUCGGAGAAGUGUCGAAAAGAGUAGACGUUUGAAAAUAAUGAAGGAGAGGGAAAAUGUAAAAAAGAUGAUCAUACUCGCAGAAAAUGUUAAUGUUAGUGAAAUUUCUACAGCACAUGAAAAGAUAAUACAUCUGCACGACAUAAACGUGGUUGAAAUCUUAUACGUCUUAAGCUUAAAGAAACUUUAUGAUUGCAUAACUGAAUUGGACAAACUGUUCCCCCAGGUUUCCAGCGGUGAAAAGCGACAAGUUAUUAAGUUGAAGUAUGCCAGCCAGUCUCACUUCAGUGUUGUGGAAAAUAUGCGUCUUUGGCUGUACAUAAAACCUAUCAACACUAGCCGGAUAUCUGUCAUCAGUGUAGUCCAGUCUAGUAAGGAAAAAGAACAAAUACAGAGGAUAAUGUUGAGAAAGAAAUUAAAUUAUUUCAAAACUGGGUGGUUUGAAAUAAAAAUAAAUGAUAUUAAAACGUGGACUCGAAAGACGUAUAGUGGACAUUUACUAGUUGAUUUAAAACUGCGCAUUCAUUGUAAAAAUUGCAAACUCGAAAUGAGCGGAGAAAACCAACCAUUUUUAGAACUGACAGAAAAAAGCAGAGUACUUCGAAGAAACAGACGAAACAUCAUGUGCAGAAAAGACUCUAAAGUAUGCUGUCUGCAAAGAUUUUACGUAAGUUUUAAAGACAUCGGAUGGGAUGACUGGAUAAUAAGUCCACCUGGGUAUAACGCCCAGCAGUGUCGAGGUUCGUGUGAUUCACUUGGAGUUGGAUCAACAGAUCAUGCCAGCAUUAUAAAGGCUGUUGCAGAUAAACGAAAAAUCGAUGCAAAACUUUGCUGUACAGCUCAACAAUACGACUCAUUGUCUAUUUUAUACAAAGAUUCUGAAGGCAACCUUGUCAAACAAGGCAUCAAGGAUAUGAUUGCCACCCAUUGUGGAUGUGGGUGAAGUUACAGAUCAUACACACUAAAAUUGGUGACAUACAAAAAUGAAAGGAAAACUUCAGUUGAACGAAUGUGAUCGACUGCUUGCUACGGAACGAAAGAAAGAAGAUUAAAAAACUGAAUUUGUACGAUAUAAUGUAUCCAGCUUCU